AUGGUGCGUAAAAUUGUCUGUGUGGCUCUGACAGUGCUGCUCGUGGCAGCAGUCAGCACUUUUGUGGGUGUCUUCUUUGGCGUGGGAAGCAGGAAGCCCCCAAGUGAGCACUCGUACCGCAAGGCAGCUGUGGCAGCAGAUGCUGGAAGAUGUUCAGAGAUUGGCAGGGACAUUCUGAAGGAAGGGGGCUCUGCAGUAGAUGCAUCUAUAGCUGCCUUGUUGUGUGUUGGACUCAUGAAUGCGCACAGCAUGGGCAUUGGAGGAGGGCUCUUCUUCACCAUCUAUGAUGCAAAAACUGGCAAAGUAGAGACCAUUGAUGCCAGGGAGACAGCACCAGGAAAUGCAACAGAAAACAUGUUUGGCAACAGUACAGAUUUAUCGAAGAAAGGAGGGUUGUCUAUCGCUGUGCCAGGGGAGAUACGAGGAUAUGAGAUGGCACACAGACGUCAUGGCAAGCUGCCAUGGAGCAGGUUGUUCGAGCCAAGUAUUAUCUUGGCAGAAAAGGGUUUUCCUUUGGGCAGAGCACUGGCCAAUGCUCUAUCCCGUCACAAUAAAACCAUCCUUAAUGACACAGCUCUGUGUGAGGUGUUUUGUUCGCAAAAUGGUGACGUCUUGAAAGAAAAUGAAACUAUCAAAUUUCCCAGGCUUGCAGAGACCUACAGGAAAAUAGCUCAAGAGGGUCCUGAUGUAUUCUACAAAGGACAAAUAGCUCAGGACCUUGUCACCGAUAUUCAGGCAUCAGAUGGUAUCAUCACACUGGAGGAUCUGAGGAAUUACCAGCCUGUCUUGGAUGAGACACCUUUAAGGGAGAACGUGGGAGAAUACACCAUUGUUGCUCCCAAUGCCCCUGCUAGCGGACCUGUGCUCACUUUGAUAUUAAAAAUCUUGAAUGGGUAUAACCUCACCCCAGAUAGUAUGGCAACUCAUGAGGAAAAGGUCCUUACCUACCAUCGCAUUGUGGAGGCCUUUCGCUUUGCUUAUGCAAAGAGGACUUUACUAGGAGAUCCGAAGUUCCUCAACAUCACAGAUCUCAUCCAGAAUAUGACUUCAACUUCCUUUGCCAAUAGGCUCCGUGAAAAGAUUACAGAUGACACCACUCACCACAUGAAUUAUUAUGAGCCAGAGUUUUACAUGCCUGAAAACCACGGGACCUCACAUCUCUCAGUAGUAGCAGAGGAUGGAAGUGCUGUGGCAGCCACCAGCACCAUCAAUCAAUAUUUGGGCUCAAAAGUCAUGUCCAAAUCAACAGGAAUAAUCCUCAACAAUGAGAUGGAUGACUUCAGCUCCCCCUUCAUUACCAAUGGUUUUGGAGUCCCUCCAUCACCCAAUAACUUCAUCAGGCCAGGGAAGAGGCCUAUGUCUUCCAUGUGUCCAACCAUCCUGCUUGACAAAAGCAACCAAGUGAAGAUGGUGGUGGGUGCUUCAGGAGGAACAAAAAUUACCACCUCUAUUGCCCUGGUGAUUCUGAAAGCGCUGUUCUUUAACUACAAUCUGGAGAAAGCCGUGUCAGAUCCGAGGCUCCACAACCAGCUGUCUCCUAAUACCACUGUAGCAGAGCCACAAUUUGACAAAAGUGUGCUGGAUGGCUUGGCACAGAAGAACCACGAGACAGAGUUUCUCAGUUCGACAGGAGCAGUGGUGCAGGCAGUGGUUCGUCAUGGUGACCGACUCCACGCUCAGUCAGACCCUAGGAAGUGGGCCUACGCUGCUGGAUACUGAGGUCAAAAACACACCUCUGAUUAUGUAGAGAGACUAGGACAGCACUGCAAGCUGAAAAAAAAUUGCAGACCCACCCAAGAACAAUAUUCAGGUGUCUCAUGCUCCAACUGUUCUGCCACUUGGUUGAGAAUGAUGUCUCUUGUAGGCUACCGCACACCUGUGAAAACAUCACACUGCCCAGUUGCCCAUUAUGUUCCUGAAGUGCGUUGGUCUUAAAUUGAGAUUGUGGAUAUGAAUUAUCCACAUAACUCUUCACUGUAUUUCUAUGUGAUCUUGUCAUUUCAUGUAUAUUGUGGAAAAUUUGAAAGAUAUUGGCGGUCAUUUAUUAUUUUAACCAUUAUUUACCUUAUUUAAGGUAAGCGUUAGGCUAAGCGUUAGAUUACAGACGUUAUUUUUUAUCAAGAGAUCAUCAUUCACAACUUGUUCUUACUCAGCUUUUUAUAAUUCUUCUC